GAAGUUUACUAGAAUCUAGAUCAUUCGCCCACCCGACGCGGCGUCGUGUGUAUAUAUAAGGCAGAGACACCCGUCCUCGCCAGUGCUUUAUUCUAUGUGUGCGAAAGAGCUUGAAGAAGGCGAGCGGGAGGGAAAACAUACGGCGUCGAAAUGCUCAAGUCGCAGGAGGUUGACGUGUUCACAAAGAUGUUCUUGUGGAUGAUGGCUUUGGUGGCGGCGGGUGCGACGGGCCUCUCCAGCGUGGCCGGGGCCCCCGCGCGGGAGGAUCUUCUGUCGGGUGGCGUCCAGCAGGUCUCGGUGCUGAACGUACGCUCGCUGCUGGACCUUCCUUUCUUCAACUCCCCAGAUUCCCAAGUAUUCCUAGUUCACCCGCCGGGUUUUGCACCCCAGGCGCCACCCUCGCAGGCCUCGAACCAACGCCCGGUGACCUCACCUUCCAGCCCCGCUUCUUCGCCUCACAUCACCCCGGCUGUGCUCGUGGCAUCAAAUGUGCCAUCACAUGUAUCCUCAGGGGCGCGGCCUCAUGUAUUACCCUCAAUGUUGCCAAACUUGUUACCUGAUAUUCAAUCUAAUCCGAUAAUGGACGAGAUGGUAGACCCCUCUAUUGCCCUGCGAAAUCAGCCUCGAGCGCCUGUAGCAAAUACCUUAACCCCUAUACCUGUCAUUCCCGAGACCAUGACCCUCACAAGCGCCCAGGCUUCACUCGACAUAUCGACUUUGAGUUCGACCGCAGUCCAUGAACCUGCAGUCGCCAUUCCUCAGCUUUCAAUCGCCGUAUCCGAGUCUCCAGCUACAGCCUCUCAGCCCCUACCUUCGACCUCUCAGCUUCUCUCUUCUACACCUCAGCCCCCGUCCUCUACCCCUCAUGCCUUACCAGCCACGUCACAGUCCAUAUUAGCAUCCUCUCCCUCACAAAUCGCAAACUCAAUUCCUCAGCAUCAGUCAUCGGCGUCCGACGUCCCUGUCUCCACGUCUUCUGACGUUCCACUAACUCCCCAGUCACAAGCAUCUGCUUCUUUAACCCUAUCUACCCCAGAGCAAAGUACAUCUCAUCAACAAAAUGAGGUCUCGCUAAACCCACCUACCGACGCCCAGCUAUCAAUUCCAGGAAGCUCACUUCCCUCUCCUGCUGAUCCCCUCGCUCAAGAAAAGAACUUUAUUCACCAGCCUGUGGUACCCACUCCCCAUCUUCUCUCUUCAACUUCCCUUCCCCCUCUGCCUUCUCCUUUGCCAUCAUUGCCAGUAAAUGUUGCAUCAUCUUCUCAAGUUUCUCUGUCUCAGGAACUCGCCACCACACCGGCCAGCUCUGCCCUUCCUGCUUCUCCAGCGAUCGCUAGUAGCCGCAUCCUGCAAGUUAAUCAGGACCAGUCCGUUAACACUUUGCCUUCGAAGACUUCGCCACAGCCUUCCUUGGGACACAUUGAGAUUGCCCAGACACAGCCCUCCUUUUCUACCACCGUUACCCAAGAGUCCCCACUUCAGGAAACUUUUCUUGAUUCACCACCUGUGACAUCCACGGCUCCGCCUGUCUCCACGUCUACUGGUUCAGUGACGCCAACGAUUCAGGAAAACGAGGUAUCCACGAUACCCGAAGGUUUAGCUGCAAGACACCCAGUGCGUCUGAUUAUGCCAGGAGCCGAAGAGGUCACUGCGCGUCGUUUGGCAACACAAGCUCGCCGUGCCUCGAUGCAACGGUCAACCACUGUGGAAACCACGCCCGCAACUUUCUCUACCGUCGUGCAGGAAACCACUCCAAAAACAUUCUUCUCGUCUGCUACUCCAGGAACGACCCCACCAUCUAGCACUACAUCAGUUAUCACCUCACUUGCGUCGACGCCCGCAACGCCAUCUUCUGCAACCUCUGCACCAUUAAGGGCAAGCACACCACAGGCUCGUCCGAAUGCUCCCCAGCAAGAGGCAGCCCCGCCGAGCGCGGGCGCCGCGGGAAAAAUUACUUCUUUGGACCCUUUGACGUCACUUUUCCUCAGCGUAUCCAGAUCAGCUGUGCAAAAUGUUGAAUCUGCUGCUUUCUCCCAUUUCCACGACCAACGCCCUGCCGUCGUACCCGUAACAGAAGGCACGCCCGAAGUCCCUUAGGAUGAAAAUAUAUUGCAAUUGGGUCAGCCUUUUUGUGUGAUAAGGGGCAUUUGUGAUAUGAUAGGCACAUAGCAUGUAUGAUAAAGGCAGCUUGAUGUGAGAAUAUUUAUACAUCACGAGUAUAGAUCACAUUUUUUUCAACAAAUAAGCUACACUUUCAGCAGGCUUUGAUCCCCGUCCACACGAGCGAACACUGUCCGGAAAGCACCCUAACUUGUGACUGCAGAGGAAAUAGACAUGUGGCUACAUCAUGUUGCACAAGGUUACCGUGACGGUUCUAUGAAACUUGAUUCCUCUUCAGGCAGGAAUACCAGACACUUCUUGGUAUUUUCACCAGAAGCGAAAUUUUCUGUUCAUUUAUUUAUUGUAACAGAUUCACCACUUCGAAAGGUAAUUGGUGUGAACAAGACUUGUCACAGAGACGUCCAUUAUGUGGGCACGAACUCAGGAAUGAUGCAAGCAAUGUGUGGACCAAAGACUACAUGUAGAACAAAUCACAGUAAUUUGAUAUACUGUAUGUAACUCUGAAGUGCCUUAUUUCAGUGAAGCAGGAGACAAAGUUCGAGGUUUUGAUUAUGGGAAAAUUGUUCUUUCACUUCUUGAACUAAAAUUUUCAUAAAAAAGAAUGCCCGAGUAUAUUCUGCCUUUACUUGUAAAUCAGUUUUUAAUUAAGCCGUUUGUUAGUAUUUUGAAAGCAUUUAAGGGCACGAUGCAUACCAUAAACAUUUCAUUACUCUAUAUUAUAUAUUAAAGAUCACUGCUUUUUCUUUGAAAGAAGUGGUGAACAACAAA